CUCUCGAAAGUCGAACUCGAUAUAAAUUACGUUUACAGAUUUUGCUAGAGAAAAAUCUACAACUAGGAAUAGGUAAAUUAUGGAAAAAUAAUUGUGAUGUAAAGAAAAUUACUCGACAAAUAGUGAAGAUGCCGCCAACUGUCCAAACAAAUGAACAAGAGCGGGAGAAACGACCAGUUCGGACUGGGGAGAGGAGGUCUGAAUUAGUGACACGCGUCAAGUAUUGUAACACUCUACCCGAUAUACCCUUUGAUUUAAAAUUUAUCACAUACCCAUUUCCAUCGACAAGAUUCAUUCAAUAUAAUCCUACAUCCCUUGAGAAAAACUACAGAUAUGAAGUUUUGACUGAGCACGAUCUAGGUGUGCACAUCGACUUGAUAAACCGCGAUAUAUAUCAGGGUGAUGGGAAUGCAAUUUUGGACCCAGCUGAUGAGAAGCUUCUAGAAGACGAUGUACUCACUCCACAGGACUCGAAACGAUCACGUCACCACGCUAAAAAUGUUUCUUGGUUGCGGCGCUCAGAAUAUAUCUCUACAGAACAGACUAGGUUUCAGCCACAAUCAAUGGAAAAGGUUGAAGCCAAGGUGGGUUACAAUGUCAAGAAGAUAUUCAGUGAAGAAACUCUGUAUAUGGACAGGGAUAGUCAAAUUAAGGCUAUUGAAAAGACCUUUGAAGACAAUAAGAAGCCCAUUGAGAAACAUUACAGCAAGCCAGGCGUGACUCCGGUUGAGAUUAUGCCAGUAUUCCCAGAUUUUGAGAUGUGGAAGUAUCCAUGUGCGCAGGUCAUAUUUGAUUCCGACCCCGCACCGGCAGACAAGAAUGUGGCGGGACAGAUUGAAGCUAUGUCUCAAGCUAUGAUCAGAGGUGUGAUGGAUGAAAGUGGUGAACAAUUUGUUGCCUACUGCUUACCAACGGAGGACACAAUACAAAAACGACGCAGAGAUAUCACUGAGAAUAUUCCAUACAUGGAUGGGGACACUUAUGAGUACAAGAUGGCUAGAGAAUACAACUGGAACGUAAAGAGUAAAGCCUCCAAAGGCUAUGAGGAGAAUUACUUCUUGGUGGUCCGCAACCACUGCAUCUACUACAACGAGUUGGAGACUCGCGUGCGGCUGUCGAAGCGCCGCGCGCGGGCGGGGGCGGCGGCGCAGGCGCUCACGCGGCUGGUGGUCACGCACCGCCCGCUCAGUGCCGCAGAACACCGCAUGCUCAGGCUGAGAGAGAAACAGCUGGAGCCCGCACAGGAGGAAGAAGAAGAAGACGAGGAGGAAGACGAAGAAGAAGAGGAGGAUAAACACGAGCAGACCCAAGAUAAAGAAAGAUCCCGUUCUCGGUCGAAGUCAGGAUCGAAGUCUCCUGCGGGCUCGGACAAGGGUUCGCGCUCGCGGUCGGGGUCGCGUUCCAAGUCGCGGUCGCGGUCGCGUUCCAAGUCGCGGUCGCGGUCGCGCUCCAAGUCGCGGUCGCGCAGUCGCUCGCGUUCCGCCUCCGGCUCGCGGAAAUCUCGCUCGAGGUCCGGCUCAGCUCAGUCCGGCUCAGCCAGAUCUGGUUCGGGGCGCUCGCGGUCUGGGUCUCGCGCGUCAUCGCGGGCGAGCUCCGCCAGCCGCGCCAGUCGCGCCAGCUCUAAGGGAUCUAAUAAGGGCUCUAAGGCGUCCUCCCGGGCGAGUUCCCGCGCGUCGUCUCACGCGUCGCGUCGCUCGUCCGGCAGCCGGCGAUCUUCGCGCGCGUCCUCGCGCUCGCGCCAGUCGUCACGCACCAGCUCGCGCGCCCGCAGUCGCUCCGCGAGUGGCUCGCGACAGGGCCAGGGGUCCCGCAGCGGGUCCCGGAGCGGGUCGGCGUCCAGCGCCUCGUCUAGGAAGAGUGGAUCCGACUAAACUUAUCGUCGUAUUUUACACAUACCUCAAUAUAUUUGACGGUAAUACA